UCUUGGAAGGCGAUCGGGAGGCCCGUGCCAGGGACUAGAAGGCAAAGUACUGCGGGUCUCACUCUGAGUUGGGUGCGGAGGUCAGAGCCUCCUUCCCUGACUCGUCCCUCUUCACUUCAGAGAGCUAUUUCCAAACCCCGCCACCACUCACUGACGCCGCCAGGGAUCCUGGGGUGAAUUAUUCCAGGAAGUUUCAAUGAGAAAGCCGAAAAACUAAGUCACUCCUGGCCAGCCAAGCCCAGUGACGGAAAGUGCUGCGCCCACGCUGGUGAGUUGCGGGAUUUCUCUGGGAAGAGUAAGGAAAGUAGAGACCUUUGGGGACCUGGUAGCCUGGCUCUCUCUUCCGCAUGGCUUCAUCCAGUGACUCUAGCAAUGUCUGCUCCAAUGUCAUCGACCACAACCACGUCCGCGAAUUUGAGGUGGCCCCUUGGAUCAAAAUCACCCUCAUCUUGGUGUACCUGGUCAUCUUCGUGGUGGGCAUCUUGGGCAACAGCGUCACCAUCAGGGUCACGCAGGUAUUACAGAAGAAAGGGUAUUUGCAGAAGGAGGUGACAGAUCACAUGGUCAGUUUGGCUUGUUCAGAUAUUUUGGUCUUUUUGAUUGGCAUGCCCAUGGAGUUCUACAGCAUCAUUUGGAACCCCCUGACCACACCCAGCUACCCGCUGUCCUGUAAGCUCCACACGUUCCUCUUUGAGGCAUGCAGCUACGCCACCUUGUUGCACGUGCUGACUCUCAGCUUUGAGCGCUACAUCGCCAUUUGUCACCCCUUCAGGUACAAGGCCGUGUCUGGACCUUGCCAGGUGAAACUGCUGAUUGGCUUCGUAUGGGUCACCUCCGCCCUGGUGGCGCUGCCCUUGCUCUUUGCCAUGGGUAUCGAGUACCCCCUGGUGUCUGUGCCCACCCACAGAGGACUCAAUUGCAACUUCACUCGCACCCGCCACCACGAGCAACCUGAGACCUCCAAUAUGUCCAUCUGCACAAACCUCUCCAGCCGCUGGACCGUCUUCCAGUCCAGCAUCUUUGGGGCCUUCGCGGUUUACUUGGUGGUCCUGGUGUCUGUGGCUUUUAUGUGUUGGAACAUGAUGAAAGUGCUUAUGAGGAGCAAGCGGGGCACUCUGGCAGGGGCCGGGCCACAGCUGGAGCUGAGGAAGUCAGAGAGCGAGGAAAGCCGGACAGCGAGAAGACAGACCAUCAUAUUCCUGAGACUGAUCGUGGUGACACUGGCUGUGUGUUGGAUGCCAAAUCAGGUUCGGCGGAUCAUGGCUGCUGCAAAACCCAAACAUGACUGGACCAAGUCGUACUUCAAGGCAUACAUGAUCCUUCUCCCCUUCUCCGACACGUUCUUCUACCUCAGCUCUGUCGUCAACCCUCUCCUCUACAACGUGUCCUCUCAGCAGUUCCGGAAGGUGUUCUGGCAGGUCCUCUGCUGCCGGCUGACUCUGCAGCACGCCAACCACGAGAAACGCCUGCGUGCCCACUUCAGCUCCACCAAGGACAGCACCCGCUCCGCCCGCAGCCCCCUCAUCUUCCUAGCCUCCCGGCGGAACUCUUCCUCCAGGAGAACGAACAAGGUUUUCCUAAGCACUUUUCAGCCCGACGCCAGGCCUGGAGAGGCUAAGCCCCAGCUCUCGAGUCCUGAGUCACCGCAGACAACUGAUUCCACCACGGAAAAUGGUUUCCAGGAGCAGGGGGUGUGAGCAUCAAGUUCACAGGCCUUGAGCAGAAACUGACUCUUCCCUCCCACAAAAGCAAAGUCACCUUCAGGCAGCAGUCCCCGAAUAGACAGUGACUCCAUUAGGGACAGGAUGGAAGCUCCGGGCUUUGGGAAGGGCAGAUGCAUAUCUCAAUGACUUCUAAGGGCUGAUUCUUUCAGAAUGGCCUUGGCGGUGGUUACACGGAUUGGGAUGGGAAGAGCUGGGAAUUUUGCUCCACGCGUUUUCUUCAACUACCCAUGGAAAUCCAGACUGAAUUGGUUCAGAGCUUACAAAGUAUUUGUGCAUGGCAGUCUUGCAUUACUUGAAAGGGAACAAAAGACCCUUUUGUCUACCCAGAAUAGAAGGACACCCAGCAGAGACUCAGGGAGGUGAGAGAGUGCGGGCCAGACAGAUGAUGCAGCAGGGGUUGGCAUCUCCUUUAGCUUCAGCAGUGCGCCAAGCAGAGGGCUAAGUUGAAGAGCAGGGCGGUGGUGAGAAGCCCUGGUCUCAUGGCCGAGGCAGAAUUGCCUCUUUUCUUGGGCCUCGGCCCAUUGCAAAGAGGGGUGUUGCAGCAGCUGAUACACACGGAGUUCAGUUUCCCAGGGGAACAGAAGGACUGGUACCCAGCCGAGGCGAUGAGGCAGGCUGCUGACGAUGCGCACGACUUCCGGUACAUGAUCCCUGCAACACAGGCCCCGAAAGGUGGGGUUAGCAUGUGAGGCCUGCAGUCCAGCCAUCGCUGUGAACCCAAAUCUGAGUGCAUAGCUUUCCAUAACUCCUCCCACAGAAAGGGUUAGAAAGGGUUCUUGUCUCCUGAGCUAGGAGAUGGCUCGGGCUACAAGAACUCCCAGAUUCACUGCAGCCUGAGAGUUCUUUUGGGCGAUUGCAUGGAGGUCACACAGAACCUGUGGGGAAUGUGACAGACACUGCUUCGCUUCUGAUAAAUUGUUCUGGCAACUAUUUUAGUUGCUAUAUCCACGAAUAAAGAGCUAUUAAAAUCCAA